UUAUAUACAUGCAUAUGCGUAUAUGUGCAUGAGUUUUCUAUUAUUUACUUUCUGCAGAAGAAAGAACGCUAUUAGCGCGAUAAACUUUAAGUGAUAAAGAAAAUGAAUGAAAUAAAUGGUACCUUAUACGAGAUUCAUUUGAAACAAUACUUUUCGAAGGAUUUAGUGGUCUAAUUAUCUUAUUAAUGCAUAAUACUACUGUGCAUAAUUAUAAGUUUGCGUGGAAUAAACCACAGUUUCAUUGCUUUGAACAUAUAUGAGACUUCAAUUAUUAUUAUAAGACCGGCAUCAAUCACGGCUUUUUAUAAAUGCAUCCCAGUUUAAAAGAAAGCUUGGAAAUAAUUCAUUGAAAUUGAAUUCGAAGAAACGUCUGAAUCGAUGGUUAUUAUAAUUAUUGUGAUUAAUAUCAAUGUAUAGGCAUGUUCGUCAAAAAUUUCGCGUAAAAGCAUGUUUAGUACAACGGCUAUUAUUGGUGUAAUUUCAAAAGCAAACUUAUCUUUAUAAUUAUCCAGUCGAAUAAUUACUUAUCAAUUUAAUGUAACAUUCUUCAGACUUUAUGAUACCACAAAUGCAUAGUCCUUAUUACACAAUAUACGAAUCAUCUCAUAAUAUUUUCUGUGAUAAUCAUUUCAGUUUACUGUGAGCUUGUACAGAGUUGUAUAAUUGUAUAUUACGUGCAUUGGGAUUCAAGUAAUGGUGCUUUCAAACAGUGAAAUAUGCUGAUAAUUUCAUUUAAAAAGUGGUCGUGAAUAUAGGCAUCGGAAAUGGCUCUGAGAUGGCAGACGAAACUCUCUAUUGCUGCCAUACUCUUCAUCUGCACAGAAGACACCUUGAGCCUGGAUGAUCGAACGAUGGAUAACGUGGAGAGGCACUCAAGUGUUAGUAGACCGCGACAGCAGCUGCUCGACGCUACGGUCGGCCAUAAGUUGAAACCCGAGCCGGGCUUCGACCUCAUGCAGUCAACAAAUGUCACGGCAUUGGUUGGCAAAACGGCCUACCUUACUUGUCGCGUACGCAAUUUAGGUGAUAAGACGGUAUCUUGGGUUAGACAUCGAGACAUUCAUAUCCUAACCGCAGGAGCUUACACUUACACAAGUGACCAGCGAUUUCAAGCUUUACACAAACCUAAUACAGGAUCAAAUAAUGAGUGGUCCGAGUGGACUCUUUGUAUCAAGUGGGCCCAAGAAAGAGAUGAGGGUAUUUACGAAUGUCAGAUUUCGACUAUUCCACUCAGAGCUCAUCAAUAUCAUCUAAACGUUGUUGUACCGACAGCAACGAUAUUAGGUGGACCGGAGUUGUAUGUCGGAGCUGGCAGCACGAUAAACCUGACGUGUGCGAUCCACUUCAGUUGGGAACCGCCGGCUUUUAUCUUCUGGUAUUACAACGAUGCUGUGAUGAGCUACGAUAGUCCCAGGGGUGGCGUGUCCGUGAUAACCGAGAAGGGCAGCGACGUGACGACCUCCUGGCUCCUCAUACAGGCGGCCCAACCCUCGGACUCCGGGGAGUACAAAUGCAAGCCGAGCAACGCGAAUAUGUCGUCCAUCAGGGUCCAUGUUCUCAACGGUGAACGUCCAGAAGCGAUGCAGACGGGCACGGCAGGACCUAUUUUAUCCUCGAGCUGUCUUUUAGUGUCUCUCAUUAUUUUGUACAUAUCCUCGGUAUAAUUCAUAUACACUAUAUGAAGCUAAUUGCAUUAAACAAAAUAAUGCCUAUGUGAAUUUAAAAUAUGAAACCAAAUCCCUGAUCAAGAGAAUGGAAUAUCAUAGACUAUUCAUCGUUACCUAUAGAGGGUUUUCUUGUUUUAUUCUCAAAGCUAUAAAAAUAUGAAAGCAAACCUGAAGCAAAAAUGAAUAAGACGGGAAACGUGACACUUUUCACAUCCACGUUAUUCGUAACUGCUAGCUAGUACGAAUGUUUAUAACGAAGC